AUGUCUGUCUUCUCGAAGAAGGACGAGGAUAGUGGGCUCAGCACCUAUUACAACAACAAGACCACUGUGAUUCAAGAAGCUCGUGUCUUUAACGACUCGCCAAUCAGUCCCAGGAAAUGCAGAGCGUUACUCACUCGUAUCGUGUACUUACUCUAUGUCGGGGAAACCUUUGGUACGCAGGAGGCUACGACGUUAUUUUUCGGAACGACAAAGCUAUUCCAGCACAAAGAUAGUGCCCUACGGCAGAUGGUAUACUUGACGAUCAAGGAACUGGCCAUUACAGCAGAGGAUGUCAUAAUGGUGACAAGCAGUAUCAUGAAGGACAUGCAGCCCAAUUCCGAGGUCAUCUAUCGACCUAAUGCGAUCCGCGCGUUAUGUCGUAUUAUAGACCCAUCCAUGGCCCAAGGUGUAGAACGAUUCUUCAAGGCUGCAAUCGUUGAUAAGACUCCUUCAAUCUCGUCUGCUGCCUUAGUUUCAGCAUAUCAUUUGUUCCCUGCCGCUAAGGAUGUAGUCCGUCGAUGGGUGAACGAAGCACAAGAAGCAGUGAACGCGAAGUCUUCGUCUUCUUUGUUUGGAAACAGCUCUUCUGGGUCGUAUCUUGGAUGGGGAGCCUCGUCCACCCCUUCGAAUAGCGGAUAUCAGCCUAUUCCCUCCACAAGUUAUAUUACACAAUACCACGCGCUGGGUCUGCUAUAUUUGAUUCGUCAACAGGAUCGUAUGGCCGUGACCAAGAUGAUUCAACAGCUUGGAGGUGGAAAAUCUGGCGCUGGUACUACUCUUAAAAAUCCUAUGGCACUUUGCAUGCUCAUCCGAUAUGCGUCCAAGGUCAUGGAAGAGGAUCCCAAUGUUCAACGGCAAAUGUUUGAUCUCCUCGAGGGAUGGUUACGACACAAGAGUGACAUGGUUAACUUGGAAGCUGCUCGUGCAAUUUGUGAGAUGAAGGGCGUCACUUCUGCACAGUUAACGCGAUCAAUCGCAGUGCUUCAGCUCUUCCUCUCCUCCCCCAAGUCUACUCUCAAAUUUGCCGCAACUCGAACGCUGGCUUCACUCGCUAUUAACCAUCCGGCUAGCGUUGCCGCCUGCAAUAUGGACUUGGAAAAUCUCAUAUCCGAUCAGAACAGGAGCGUUGCGACCUACGCAAUUACUACCUUACUUAAGACUGGCAAUGAAGCUUCCGUAGACCGCCUUAUGAAGCAAAUUACUGGCUUCAUGAGUGAAAUCAGCGAUGAAUUCAAAGUGAUCAUCGUAGAUGCCAUACGCUCACUUUGCCUCAAGUUCCCCACAAAACACGCCUCCAUGCUUUCUUUCCUGUCUGGAGUUCUGCGCGAUGAAGGUGGCUACGACUUCAAGCGCGCAGUCGUCGAGGCUAUGUUCGAUAUGAUCAAAUUUAUUGGCGAGUGCAAAGAACAAGCGUUGUCACAUCUAUGCGAAUUCAUUGAAGAUUGCGAAUUCACCAAGCUGUCUGUUCGCAUUCUGCAUCUGCUAGGGGUUGAGGGUCCCAAGUCGCCACAGCCAACGAAGUAUAUUCGCUACAUAUACAAUCGUGUUGUACUCGAGAAUGCGACCGUGCGCGCGGCCGCCGUUGCAAGCUUGGCGAAGUUCGGUUUGAAUGGGCUUGACGAAAAAUUGAGCAACAGCGUGAAUGUACUUCUAAGACGAUGCCUGGAUGAUGUUGAUGAUGAAGUUCGCGAUCGAGCCGCCAUGUAUCUGAAAGUGUAUCAAGAGCCUCCACUUGUUACGACAUACAUUAAAGAGGACUCAACGUAUUCCUUAUCUGCCCUGGAGUCUAAAUUGGUCUCCUAUAUGAGCGAUCCGGAUGCUGCUGAGCAGCCGUUCGAUGUCGCGUCGAUACCCAAAAUCAGCAGGGAGCAAGCCGCGAAGGAGGUUGCUAGACCUAGCAGCUUGGAGACGAUCGGUGUUCCAUCCACCUCGAAAGCAGCCGCAACUCCCCCGCCCCAAACAGCGGCAGAGACGCAGUCGAUAUAUGCCCAGCAACUGUCUGACGUUCCGGAGUUUGCAUCGUAUGGCCCUGUGCUCAAUAGUAGUGCAAAGCCUACGCAGCUCACCGAGGCGGAGACCGAAUACCAGGUCUCUUGCGUCAAGCACAUCUUCAAGGAGCAUAUCAUCUUCCAGUUCAAUGUAUCAAAUACUAUUGCAGAUACUGUCUUGGAACAGGUAUCUGUGGCCAUGCAAUCUCAAGCUGAUGCCGGCUUGACAGAAGACGGAAUUAUUCAAAUAUCAAGCCUAUCAGCUGCAAACUCCCCUGGGCUUGUUUAUGUUUCCUUUACUCGCGACAGCCCAGAUGAGUUCGCUCUGGCGUCCUUCCAGUGUACACUCAAAUUUGUUAGCAAGGAGGUGGAUCCUUCUACCGGUGAGCCUGAGGAGGACGGCUAUGAGGAUGAGUAUCAGCUGGAGGAGGCGGAGCUUACUGCGGGUGAUUACGUUGUUCCCAGCUAUGUCACAUUCGCAUCGGAAUGGGAUCGAUUGCGUGGGGGCGCAUCGGCGACCGAGACAUUCUCACUGUCUGCCAUGGAAUCCAUGAAAGCUGCAUGCGAUUCUAUCAUCGAGAUACUCAACAUGCAACCACUGGGAGGGACGGAAGACCCUCAAUCACCAACAGUGCACACACUACAACUCUCUGGGCUGGUUUCAGGUGGAUGCGGGAAGGUGCUUGUGCGCUGUCGAAUGGCAUAUUCGAAGGCACAAGGAGUCACGCUGGAACUAGCCGUGCGUGCGGAACAAGACUCUGUGUGUCAAUUGGUAGUCUCUGCUAUUGGGGGCUGA